CCCUAAGAUAUUACCAUUCAGACUGGCUGCCCAGGGGAGCCAAGCCCCGCCUAAAGGUGCCGGCCGACUGCCCUCCAGGCCCGGCAGCAGCAAGCAUGGCCUCUCCCGGGGCCCCCGAACCCCGGCCGGAGUUACCGGAGCAGAACUCCGGGUACCGAGAGGUCCAGUACUGGGACCAGCGCUACCGGGACGCGGCCGACUCUGCCCCCUACGAGUGGUUCGGGGACUUCUCCUCUUUCCGUGCCCUCCUAGAGCCGGAGCUGCGACCCGAGGACCGUAUCCUCGUGUUAGGCUGUGGAAACAGUGCCCUGAGCUACGAGCUGUACCUUGGGGGCUUCCCUGACGUGACCAGUGUGGAUUACUCAUCAGUAGUGGUGGGCGCCAUGCGGGCUCGCUACGCUCAUGUGCCCAACCUGCGCUGGGAGACCAUGGACAUACGGGCACUGGGCUUUCCCAACGGUUCCUUCGAUGUGGUGCUCGAGAAGGGCACGCUGGAUGCCCUGUUGGCUGGAGAACGGGAUCCCUGGACCGUGUCCUCUGAAGGGGUCCACACUGUGGACCAGGUGCUGAGUGAGGUGAGCCGAGUGCUGGUCCCUGGAGGCCGGUUCAUCUCGCUGACCUCUGCUGCCCCCCAUUUUCGGACUAGACACUAUGCCCAAGCCCGUUAUGGCUGGUCCCUAAGGCAUGCAACCUAUGGCAACGGUUUCCACUUCCAUCUCUACCUCAUGCACAAGGGCAAAGAGCUGAGUGUGGCCCAGCUGGCUCUUGGGACACAGAUCCUCUCAUCCCCCAGACCUCCCACCUCACCCUGCUUUCUCCAGGACUCAGAUCAUGAGGACUUCCUCAGUGCCAUUCAGCUGUGAGGCCAGAAGCAUGGUCCUUGAGUCCUCCUUACCUUUCUGCCCUGGACUCCUCAAGUUGUCGUAAUUCCUGACUCAGGGCUUAGGGUUGGGUCCAUGGUGCUCACAUCCCAGGGGCCUGAUGCCUAAGACAGAGCUGAUGAAAGCAACCCCACAUGAAACAAUAUAGCUCAGGCUAAGUUACAUCUCAAA